AUGAAGGGUGUGAGCAGAUUUGGCACAGUGAAUAAGCUCAGUCCAAGGUAUAUUGGACCGUUUGAAAUUCUUGAAAGGAUUGGUAAAUCUGCUUAUCGGCUGUUAUUAUCUGAUCAGAUGUCUGAUGUGCACAACGUGUUCCACGUAUCUACUUUGAGAAAGUGGAUAUCUGACUCUGGAAAGAAAGUGUCUGCUGAUGAGGUUGAGAUUCAGGAGAAUCUGAGUUAUAAAGAAGAACCCGAGUUGAUUCUAGCUUACGAUGUUCGUAAGUUGAGGAGUAAACAGAUUUCGAUGGUUAAG